UUUCUCGUAGGAACAAUAAUCACAUGUAUAUAAGAAAUAUUGUUUUCAUUCUUCCUCUCUGUAGUUAUUUUGAUGCACGUGGUGUUUGAUUUAUAUAAAGAGAGCGACACAAAACACAACAACAGAGAAAAAAUAAACAGAUAAAGUAUACACUUCAGCUCUCGACUUACUACGAAAGUAUUAUACUCAUGAUUGAUGCUUUUUUAAAUGACGGUUAUAUAAGACUUUUGAAGUUUUAAAGAACAGCUUGGUAUUUUUAAAUAAUAAGAUUUGACUGGAAAUUUUGUAUAAAAACUUUUAGUUUUUGCGCUGUUCAAAACGCAAUUAAUAAAAUAAAACUCUACGAAAGAGUACGCAAAUCUUUGAGAACGACUAAUAUUAGCGCAAUCUUUUUGCUUUCUACUUCCGCAUUUGAAAAAUUUUUAUGGGCUUUUUAUAAAUAUCUUAUUAUCGAUGAUAAAAAACCUCGAUGGAUCAAAAACCAUGGAUGUUUGCUAGUAUCGGUCUGGAUGUAAUUGUUAUUUUAGCAAAUGCUUUUGAAUUGAUAUUGCUUCUUAAAAACUGGCGAAGGCUUGAUAGAAUUGAGUAUUUGUUAUUUAGCCUCUCCGUAUCCGACUUCAUUGAAGGUACAAUAAUGUUGAUAUCCGAUGUUACCCAGGUACGGAAAGAAGCCCCAAAAAUGGACGAUCCUGAAGCAUUAGUUACAGAGACAUUGUUUCUCUUUUUUAUAAUUGUAUCCAACUUUCAUGUAAUUUCUAUAGCUAUUGAAAGGUUAGUUGCUGUUGUUCUACCAAUGAAAUACUCAAUCUUUACAACAGCAAAAUGUAAAACGUUCACUAUAAGUUUUGUUUGGACAGCCGCCAUAUUAAUUACAACUAUCAUUGGGAUUUUUAUUGGCAAAUCUAAAAAAACUCAAUCAGCAUACUUUUACUUUUCCAGUGUGUUAAUAUUUGCUUGUGUGUCUGUUUUUAUGAUUUAUUUUUUUUUGGCGUGUGCUUUAUUUGCUAGAGAGAAGAGACUUGCUCAAUUGCUACCUGAAGAAAUGCGCAAACAGUUGCGUGAUCGAAAGACUACUAUGUUUUGUUUGCUAAUAGGGUGUUGCUUUCUUAUUUGUCACCUGCCAAUAACACUUGGAUAUUUGCAGGACACGCUCUCUCACCCGAUAUCAAGCUUGCUUGUGACAUUAAACCACUUUUUAAAUCCGUUUAUUUAUUUUGCAAAAUCCUAUUACGCAAAGAGAGAGCGAUCUAAUUCUGAAGCGCGGAUUAGAUUAAUUUCCAGAGAAACUGUAUCUUCGCGAACAGAUUCGGUUUUAAAAGAGAAAUCUAGUGAAACUUUAGAAGACACAUAAACGUCUUAUAUAUAUAUAUAUAUAUAUAUAUAUA